GCCGCGGUCCUGGCGAUGCUGCCGGGGGCGGCCGCUCCCCUUGGCCGCUCGGGCCCCGCUGGGCCGCUUUUGCCAUGACCCGACCGCUCGGCGAGGGGCUGCCGUCUCCGGUCCCUCCCUUCGCCAUGUCCCGCCGCCAUGUUACGCCGGCGGCCGCGGGCAGAGAGGCGGCCCAGGAGUGCAGAAACCAGAUGAUUACGGAUUUCUUCAAACCAGUUUUAAGUCAAGACCAUGGCCAUAAAGACAGAAUUGUGCUGUCCUCACCAGACAAAGGAAAUGUAAAAGAUGAAGGAAUGGGACUGUCAGUUUUACGCACUGAAGGUUUUGAAAAGAAUUCAUCUUCCCCAAAGAAGGUCAGAAGAGAAAGAUGCCAGACCAAACACCAAAUAAGUCCUGUGGGAAAUGGAUGUCCUAUAAGAAAAAUGCCUUUUGGUUCAAGGGAGAUUGCCUCAGAUGACCCAUCUCAACCAAGGUUAACACAGGUUUUGGAACAUGAGGCAUCUACUCCACAUGCAUUUAGAACAUCAUCUGAGAUGGCCUCUGGUGCACCAAAGAGCUCAGCUGUUCCUUCACACUUCCUCAAGGUGUCCUUUGGGCUAUCCAAAUCAAGAGACUCUCCUGGGAAAAGAAAACACACUGCCAUGGGUGUGGAUGUAGAUAGUUCAGAUCAAUCUGAAGUGAAUGACCCUGCUUUUAGUAGAUCAUCUUCAAAAUGCAAAUAUAGGAGGUGUGACUUUGUAAAAAAUAUCUUUUUAAAGUCUCCUCAUGAUGAUGUUCUUCAGCUCAAAGAGCCUGCUGCCCUGUCUAGACAUGAUUUGACUUUUUCAGAGGAAUUCCUCAACUCAAGCAAUGAAAAGGAGAAAAAUAAUUACUCUUCUGUAGGUUUGUCAUCUUCAUAUUCUGCACACAUUCCUGCUAAAAAUAACCACAUUUCUGUUGUGGAUACCAAAGAGAAUCAAUUGCAGCUGGCUAACUCAUGCUUUUUCUUGGAAAAGUCCCUUUCUUUUUCUCAGGAAAAAAGUACUGUCUUGCCUUCUCCCCAGCAUUUAACACAAACAAAAGGCGUGAAAUCCCCUCUCCAGUUUGCUGGCUUAUCUCAGGUAUUGGAUGCUAAGAAAGAGCAAGAUAAAAGACCAGAAAAACAUGAAUGGAAUAAAGGAUACAGUAUUCAACCCAGCAACAGUUUUUCAAAUACAAUUAAUGAGAUUUCUGAAAAUACUCCUGAUUCUGGUAGAGUGGAAAUCCCUGGGACGUUUGGACUGUCCCCAGAGACCGGUAAAGGUGUUCCCCCUUCAGUGCUUUUGACAGAGUCUUUCACGGACAGUGAUGAUGAGUCUUCACAAACCUCAGGAGAACUAGAAGUUAAAAGGAACUUUACACACAAGUCCAAGCUGAACAGAAAAUGGCAAAGCAGCUCUGAGAGUGAAGAUGACAUUUUGGAAUCCAUCCUAGAUGAUGAUGAUGAUGAUGAUGAUGAAGAAGAAGAAAUUUUAAUGCCGCUGCAAAAAAUUCUCAGUUCAAGUCUCAAGCCAGAGUCAAGAACUCUGGAAGACUCUUUUGACAGUGUUUCUCAAGACACUGUAACUCCAUUACUGAAGCUUCAUCUUUCUAAGACUCCUAUUUUAAGCAAGGUGUCAUAUGUGAACAGCUUAGAUCAUCUCUUGAAGGAGAAAGAAGAAUCUAGAAGGUUAGAGGAAAUAGAGAAACAGUUACAGGAAGAUAUAGAAAGAGAUGACAAUGCUUCAGGUGGAGAAAAUGAGGACAAUGCCAGUGGACACGAUCUCUCAGAAGAACACAGGGCAUUUAUAAAGAGAUUUUCAGUAGUAACUUAUGUCAUACCUGACAAACAUCCUGGAGAAGAUUUAUUUGAUUUAUCAGCUGCUGGGAAAAUCUUCACUCAACAUAACCUUGACUUGAGGAAUUUUCACUUUGUCCCUCAAAAUCGUAUAGAAUAUUUGCUUCUUAGUUGUGGUAUAAGGCAGCAAGUUUUAUUAGUUGUUAAUGGUGUUCUAAGCUCUGCUUACCACAAUACAUUGUGUUCCAUGCCAAUUCUAAAGUGGCUUUUCCAGAUGAUGUCUAUUCAUAUUGACCACUGUGUUUCCACCAAGAUCUUAGAGAGAUUGAUGGAGCUAACACUAAAAAACUCUUCCAUCAAUGGUAAACAGUUUAAACCAUGGAUUCCUUCAAUAGCUGAUAUAUCAGCUGUUUUUGUCAAUAUGGGUAUUGGAUUCAGAUCUCUCUUUCCAUUGCAACAUCUUCAACCCUCCUUCAAUGAACAUGAUAUUUUAAGUCAGGUGCAAGAAACAGAGAGUCAACAACGGCCAAGGGGAUGUGUAGACUUUGCCAGUCCAGCAUUCCCCACUCUGCUUAAAAGCAAUUUAAUUAAUGUGAUUAAGUUUCUAGUUUUCUGUACAUCAGUAAUUAAUGACGGAUAUACUGACCAAGAAAUAUGGCUGCUGCUUAUAUUGCUACUUAAAAUAAGCUUGGAGAAACAGUUAAAAAACCAUUUUCCGAUAGAUUUUCAGUGCCUUUUUGUGAAGCUUCUGACGAGUAUAAAAGACUGGGAUACAAAGGUGCCUGAGCUGUGCCUGGCAGUGAGUGAACUCUCCAGUAAUCACCAUAACCUCCUGUGGCUUGUUCAGCUCAUGCCUAGCUGGAUCACACGUGGACGGGAAGUAAGAAGACGUCUUAGCCUAGUGAUAAUUGCAAAAUUUCUUCAUAAAAGGCAUGUUGAAAUACCUGAUGACAGUGACAAGCAGAUGUUUCUUCUGCAUCACUUUCUGGUGUGUAUGAAACCUUCUUAUCUACUGAAGAAGAUGAGAGAGAUGAGAAAAGGACAGGAGGAACAUAAAGAUUAUGAAGUUCAUGCAAAGCUAGAACAUGAGGUCUACUACCUAAUCUAUGUCCUCCUUCAUCUAGUCAAUGAAGCCAGUUUCCUUGAUGUUGUAAAUGCUAGUCAAAGGCAACACUUACUGAAGCUUUGUCGUGCUUUAGAUAAGCACGUAAAAGGUGAUAUUAGGGAAGAUGCAAGAAUGUUUUAUCGGUCUAAGGUGAAAGGCUUGGCUGCUAGGAUAUAUGGGAAAUGGCAGGAUGUGAUACAAACCACUCGGCUUACUCAGGGAAAACUGCAUGACUUCUGGGAGCCAGAUUCGUGAAAACUUGCCUAAUUAAGUGAAAAUAACAGAAAUUGAAAUCAAGGAGGAUGUAGAAUGAAUGGAGCUUCACCUUGUUUGGAACAGAAGAAAUCAGUCAGCUGAGUUAGAACUUGAGCUUGAUUCAGACAAGCACUAGACACAUGAGAAUCUGAUUUGACUAACAUUGUUUUUUACUACAAGUGCUCUACUUCUGAAAAAUUGAUGUGGAUAAACUGAAAAAACCCAGCCAUUCCUAUAGCCCUAUCAGAACUGGCUAGAAAUAUUUUGCCAUACUGAAAGCUGAGGGAAGUUUUCUUGUUUCCCUUUUUAAUCACAAGACAUAUUUUAAAACAAUGUGUAUUUAUUUCCUUGUCAGCGCAUUGCAAGCAUUGUUUUAGGUUGGCUGGGGAAGAACUGGCCUGUGACAUGAAAUGCGAGUUCAGAAGGAGUGUUAGACCUCCCCUGUUGUGAGCAGGUGAGGAAGUGGUUCAGAUGUGGGCUGAAUCAUGGUAAUCUGCAAAGCAGAAUUGGUAUGAACAUCCAGUGUCUCUUAAAAACACAAAAUACAGCAGUUGCACCUUCUUGAAAUGGAGAAUAAAAUAUCAUCUCAGUGGAGAUUAGAGAACAGCAUUUGGCUCACCUUUGUGAAGACUGUGAAAGCCAUAUGAUGACUGAAUUCCUUGGUGUGAAGUCCUGCUGCACAUACAAUAUGUGCUCAAAGGUCCAGGAGCUGUUUAUGAAAUAAUCAGAGGAAGGUGUGAUCUCCUUUUGUGCUCUCUGUACAAAUACUAUCACUUAAAUCUUACACUGUGGUUUGUCUGUAGGAUGGGUAUAUAUAUAUAUA